AUGGCAAAGUCGAAAGCCAGUCAGUCGCAGGCAAAGCCAAGGGCAAAGAAAGCAGCGGUCAAAGGCAAGUCAUGUCGAGAAGUUCCUUCCCCAAAGAUCAGCUCCAGUGAUUCGACCCCUGUAAGAUCCUUGCCAAAAGUAGCAAGCGCUGCAGAAACGAGUGCAACGGAGAAAGAGCCGCGAGAGCUGGCGGCGAAAGGAAAACGUCAGAAGAGAGACGCUGACAAAGAGUCAGAGAGGAAAGACGAGCCAAAGGCGAAAUUUGUUAGCUUGAAACUGCCUCCUUCCACCGCAAGGCCGUCGGCGGGCGGAAAAGACAGAGUGGCACCGCUGGAGCAAGCCAAGACCUCCACCGCCGUGCACGCGCAGCAAAUGGAGAGAAGCGAGGCCCGGAAAAGCGCUGCGUCACUGGCGACAAUCGACGGACGAGAAAAGGAUGCUGGAAAUGUCUUGGAAAACAAAGGGACGUCUGAUGGAAAGUUGGCCUCAAAAGUAGGCCAAGCUUCCGAUACGUUGUCAAAGGCAGUCACCGCUGCUGUGGGCACGCAGAGUGGAGCAACCAAAUCAAAACGCUCCACUGUCGAGGUGACGUUAGAAGAAGAGCGCAACAUGGACGCGCAAGGUGGGAAAAGAGGUCGUCCGGGAAGGGAUGAGAUUGUCUCCCGGAAGGGCUCCGAGACCUUGGAAGGUAGAGAAGACGAGCAAAGGCGUCCAAAGAACGUCAAAGUGGCGCCAAACGAAGAGCGUGAAAAGCUUCAGGCGGCAAAGAGCAUGGAAAGUGCGGAGGACGGAGCGACGAAGAGCGGACGUUCUGAAGAGGUCAACGUGACGUCAAAUGGGGACCUAGUGACUGUGGAGGCCACGCAAAGCGGGCCAAGAAAGCGAGGACGUCCAAAAAAGGUCAGAGUUGCACCAGGAGAGGGGCUUGGAAAGGUGGAGAACGUCAAGACCGAUGAAGGCGGCGAGGUGCAGGUUUUCGGACACGAGAUGAUCGAGCCCAGCAGCUGUAGAGAUCCUUCGGAAAAGGUUUUGGAAGGCGAAACGGAUGUAGCUUCGAAGAGAGAGGAAGAACCAUCGGAGGGAUCCAAGACACCGAACGGGAACAAAGACGGGUUGUCUGGCCAGACGACUCAACCACCUCAACCCGAGGAGGCGCAAGGUAGCACGCCAACGAAGAUGUCAUCCACAGCGAAAGGGCAGCCCAAGUUGCUUCACAUCACAGAGUAG